GUCAAGCAGCCAACUCUCCGUAGUAAAGCAGGCAUUGUUGAUAAAUGUGCUACUGUUGUCAUCUCGAAUACCUGCCGACAUCACUGAGAUGGAUCACAGAAAAGCGUUAGAAUCUCUGGUUUUUGCUGCAGUUGGUAUCCAGCUGGCAUGGUCAGGCUCACACUCUCUUAAGCACAUCUCCACUGGUGUCACAGCUGGAGUACCUUUCCCAGAAUACACACUUGUAGGUCUGAUGGAUGGAGAGCCUUUUGUGUAUUAUGACAGUAACAUUAAGAAGAUGGUCCCCAAAAUGGAUUGGAUAGAGCAAAAUGAGGGGCCAGAUUACUGGACAACAGGGACCCAAACUCAGAAGGAUUUUCAGGAAAUCUUCAAAACAAGCGUGGCUGUUCUAAUGAAGCGCUACAACCAGACUACAGGAAUUCACACAUUUCAAUCUAUGAUUGGCUGUGAGCUGGAUGAUGAUGGCACAAGAAGAGGCUAUUUGCAGCAUGGUUAUGAUGGAGAAGACUUCAUCAGUUUGGAUUUAAACACUCUCACCUGGACUGCAGCUAACACUAAAGCUGUUAUUACCAAAAGCAAGUGGGAGACAACAACUUUACUUGCCAAUAUGUGGACAAGAUACUUGGAAAGCACAUGUAUUGAACUUAUAAAGAAGUAUGUGAGUUAUGGCAAAGAUACUCUGGAGAGAAGAGUCUUUCCUGAGGUGGACCUGUUCCAGAAAGACUCUUCUUCUCCAGUGGUGUGUCAUGCUACAGGUUUCUACCCCAGGGAAGUGGUGAUCUCCUGGAAGAAGAAUGGAGAGUAUCUGCAUGAGGACGUGGAGCUUAGAGAAACCUUACCCAACCAGGAUGGAACGUUCCAGAAGAGAAGCGUUCUGAGAGUCUCACCGGAGAAGCUGGACAGGAAUGAGUUCAGCUGUGUGAUUCAGCACAGCAGCUUGGAGAAAGAGCUACCAGUGUCUGAUCGCAGAGUCCUGUCAGUGCCUUUAAUACGAUUCAGCCCCUCCAACUGAGAGAUAAGCUGGCAAGGAUGCAAGUCGAUCUGUGCCUGGUCUCCUGGAUUGCAACCUCACUGGCAGACCUCAGUCUGUCAGGCUGAAGGACUGUACAUCAGAGACUGUAGUCAGCAGCACAGGAGCACCACAAGGGACUGUACUUUCCCCUUUUCUCUUCACAUUGUACACCUCAGAUUUCAGUACAACUCUGAGACGUGCCACAUGCAGAAGUUUUCGGAUGACAGUAGCGUGUGUAAGAGGAGGGCAGGAGGAGGAUUACAGAAACCUGGUGAAGGACUUUGUGGCGUGGUGCCGUAGGAACAACCUGAUACUGAACACUUCCAAGACCAAGGAGAUGGUGGUGGGUUUUCGCAGGGCUGGGCCACUCACACAGCCAAUCACUACCGAGGGGGUUGAAGUGGAGAGGGUCAGGACCUACAGGUAUCUCGGACUGCAACUGGAUGAUAGGUUGGACUGGUCAGCCAACAGAGACAUCCUGUACAAGAAAGCUGACUCUAUUUCCUGAGGAGGCUGGGGUACUUUAACAUCUGUGGAAAGCUCCUGACUGUGGUUGCCAGCUGUCUUUUUUAUGCUGUGGUGUGCUGGGGAGGAAGCAUGAAAAAGAGAGACAAGAUGUGACUGGACAAGCUGGUCAGGCGAGCGGGGUCAGUGGUCGAUGUGGAACUGGACUGGUGAUUAAGGUGGUCGAGAGAAGGACAUUGCACAAACUGCUCUCCAUUAUGGAUGAUGAUGGCCAGCCACUGCACACCAUCAUCAUGGACUCAGGAGAUCCUUUGUCCCUAGAACCAUUAGGUUCGUCAACUCUUCCCAGAGGGGCGAGAAGAAAAGAGAGAAUUGGGAGGAGGAUAGAUGAGGACUGAAUCUCUUAUGCUAACUCAUAGGUUUAGUUUUAUUAAUCUGCACAUUUGGACACCUUACUGCACAUCAUUCAUUAUUGCACUGACUUUUUUUAUCUCAGGAUAGAUCUUAUUGCAUAUUUUUGUAUAUUUCUAGUUGUAUAUAUGCCUGUAGAUAGGAUUUUUGUAUAUAUUCCUGCCUCAUUGUGAUAAGCAAGAUAUAUUAAUGUAUAAUUAACAGUAUUAUUUAUAGUUGAUAAUUUUGCUGAGCCUGU